GUCUCAUGUUGCAGGGCAGCAGUCAAGACAUGAGCCUUCCAAUAAUGGAAUCGAAAAGAAAAAGCCAGCCAAUAACCGUCCUGGCCAAGAGCACGUCAACUCGGACUGUCUCUUCUAGCCCUUACCGAAGGUUUAAGGUCUCAACCACCAAGUUUGGCAGGCGUUGCAGUGUUCAAAACCACUAAAAGACAGCCGAUCCGAGAGCAGGGUGGACCAUGCAGCACACAGACUUGAUGCGGCCCGACGAAGAUUGGAGGCAACUCGCAGACGCCUCGGAAAGAAGAAAGAUCCAAAAUCGCAUCGCACAGCGUGCAUAUCGACGGAACAUGCGCGACCGAUUAAACAAGAUCGAGCAACUCACAAAACAGCUAAGAGCGUACGAGGAGCUCAACCUAGGGCUUCACAUCGCACGGAACGGAGAGAGCACAUCCGUAUAUCAGCAGCAACAGCAUCAGAGCAGCAGUAGCAGUCCAUCAACACUGCAGGUGCCACUGCCGCACGAAAACCGAGGGAGGAGCAGUGGAGGCUGCUCCCCUCCACCCGAAUGGGAAGCUAUGACGUCAAGUCUCCACCUCCCCAUAGGAGCAGAGAUGGAGAUGGAUAGUGACGGGAACGGGAUAGCCAAGUCCGAUGCAGGAGGGGUACCUGUACUGCCACUGAGCGCAGCUGAACUUUCUCCCACGGCAGACGAGCAUUUUGCACUGGAGAUAAGGGACUGGACCGCUGAGAGUCAGAGUCAGAGUCUGAAACGGACUCCGUUGCUGCACAUGGCGGUUGCGGGGAAUCAUCUGGAUACGGUCAAGGUGCUGCUGCAAGAUGAAAGGGUCCUGAUUGAUGAGGAGGACAGCGAGGGUUUCACGGCUGUGCAGCGGGCUGUUAUGCACGGCCGGUCGAAGAUUGUUAAGCUGCUGCUUGAGCAUCAGGCUAAGACGGACCCGGGCCCCGGGUCCGGUAGGGGAGUCGAUUCAGCUUUGUAG